AUGGCGAUGAAUAAUUAUCAAUGGCCAAAUGAAAGGGGGCAGCCAAAGAAGGUGACUGGAAUGAUGGAAUUGGAUGCCAUAACCAUGCUUACAGCUCAAGUAGCAGCCUUGACGAAGCAAUUACAAAAGACUACACUCCCAUCUCAAGCUAUGCAAGUUCAAAACUUAUGUGAAGUGUGUGGUACAUCCCAUCAACCAAACCAAUGCCCUGCUAUAGACAUGAAUAAUAUGCCCAUGGAAGAAGUCGAAGCCAUAGGAAAUUACCACAGACAGCCUAAUAAUCCCAAUUCUAUGACCUACAACCCAGCUUGGAAGAACCAUCCCAACUUUUCCUGGUCUAACAACCAAAACACCCUACAACCUUAUCCUCAACCUCAGCCACCAUAUCAACCUACCCAAAAUAGGCCACCUUAUCCACAACAAUAUGCACACCAAAAUCCUCCACCGGGCUAUUAUCAACCACAAAAUAGACCACCUCCCCAAAUGCCAAUGAAACCAGCUGAAGCCCAACCUGAUUGCCAAGCUAUUACUUUGAGGAGUGGAACGAGAUAUGAAGGGUCAAAGAAGAGUCAGUCUGAAGAAGAAGAAAAGAAGUUGGAUGAUAAAAAGGUUACUGAAGACCUUAAGGAAGAAGAGGAGACCCCACCUGUAACUAUUGAGCAUCAUGUGAGAGUUCCAUAUCCACAAAGACUUCGCACGCAUAAUUUGGAUAAGCAGUUUGCAAAGUUUUUAGAGGUGUUCAAGAAGCUACAUAUAAAUAUACCAUUUGCAGAGGCAUUAGACCAGAUGCCUAGUUAUGUAAAGUUUAUGAAGGAGAUUCUCUCGAAUAAGAGAAAGAUGGGUGAUUACGAAAUAGUGGCAUUAACAGAAGAAUGUAGUGCAAUUUUGCAAAGAAAGCUUCCUCAAAAGUUAAGAGAUCCUGGGAGUUUUACCAUUCCAUGCACUAUUGGGGAGUUUGAAUGUAAGCAUGCACUUUGUGAUUUGGGGGCGAGUAUUAAUUUAAUGCCUUUGUCUGUAUUCCGGAGGCUUGGUUUGGGGGAAGCUAGGCCAACUGCAGUAACAUUACAGCUGGCUGAUAGAUCUGUGAAGCAUCCCCGUGCAACUGGGCAAGCAUUGAUUGAUGUGCAAAAGGGAGAGUUGAAGCUGAGAGUUCAAGGGGAGGAAGUAGUAUUUAAUGUGUUCAAGGCUAUGACUUAUCCUAAAGCAAGUGAUAGUUGUUUCUCUGUUGAUGUGGUCGAAGAAGUAGUAGAAAGAAAAAAAUUAAGAGAGGACCCUCUUGAGUUGAGUCUCACAGUUGAUGAUGUAGAUGGUGAGGAGAAUGAAGAGGUGAUGAGUUAUUUAAAGUGGAUAAAAUCAGCUGAGCCGUGGAAGCAUAAGAAAUUUGAAGAAUUGGGUGCAGGACCAAACAGACCAUUACCAUCGAUUCAGAAGCCACCUGUUUUAGAAUUGAAGGUUUUACCGGACCAUCUCCGCUAUGCGUAUCUUGGGGAAAAAGAGACUCUUCCAUUUAUAGUCUCAUCAUUUCUUUCGGAGGUUGAGGAGGAGAAAUUGUUGAGAGUGUUACGAGCUCAUAAAACUGCUAUAGGGUGGACUUUGGCUUAUAUAAGAGGAAUUAGUCCAUUGACAGUCAUGCAUAGAAUUCUUAUGGAAGAUGAGGCGAAACCGACUAUUGACGCUCAGAGAAGGCUUAAUCCAACAAUGAAAGAAGUGGUGAGGAAAGAGAUUUAG